AUGAAACUCCACGAGUAUCAAGCCAAGGCAAUUUUUGCCCGCUACGGUAUUGCGGUUCCCGAUGGAAGCUUGGCCUCCACCGCAGAUGAAGCAGCCGGCGCCACCGCAUCCUUGGGUGGCCGGGCUGCGGUCAAGGCCCAGGUCCACGCCGGCGGACGCGGGUUGGCCGGCGGUGUCAAGGUGGUGAGCAGCCCCGACGAAGCCAGCAGUUUUGCCGCUGGGCUGCUGGGCUCCCAUGCUAGCGGGGUUCCAGUAGAAUCCGUCCUGGUCGAAGCGUUGGCUGACAUCGGCCAAGAAAUGUACGUGGCCAUGACCAUGGACCGCGACCAUCGGGGGCCGGUGUUGAUUGCCAGCGCCGGCGGCGGCACGUCCAUUGAGCAGUUGGCGGCCGAAGACCCCGAUGCCAUCAUCACCGAGCCGAUCGAGCCCGUCCUGGGACUAAUGCCAUACCAGACCCGGCGGGUGGCCAGUCGGCUCGGAAUGAGCGGCGCAACGUUGCGUGAGGCUGCGGGAGUGCUCUCCGCCCUCUACCGCAUCUUCGUCGAAAACGAUUGCUCGCUGGUGGAAGUCAACCCGCUGAUUGUCACCGGAGACGGUUCGAUCAUGGCCCUCGACGCCAAGAUGGACGUCGAAGACGACGCGCUGUUCCGGCAUGCGGACCUGCAACAGUUGCGCGACCGCAGCCCAGACGACAUCGCAUACGUGAGCCUCGAUGGCUCCGUCGGUUGCCUCGUGAACGGGGCGGGCCUCGCUAUGGCGACACUCGACGUGGCCAACGCGGCCGGCGCGGCUCCGGCGAACUUCCUGGACGUUGGGGGCGGGGCCACCGAUGAGAAGGUGGCCACCGCGGUUGGCAUCAUUCUCUCCGAUCCCAAGGUCGACCGGGUGUUGGUGAACGUGUUCGGCGGCAUCCUUCGUUGCGACGUGGCGGCCAGGGGCAUCACGAUGGCUUACCAGCAACUCCAGGCCAAACAGCCGCUGGUGGUCCGAAUGUUGGGUACCAACCUGGAAGAAGGAAAAUCGAUCCUCGCCGGGUCGGGCCUCAACGUGACAUUUGCCGAUACGUUGACCGAAGUCACUGCGGCUCUUUCCCACCCCGCGGCAGGCGAGUAG